AUGCUAACCAUGCUAGCGACAAUUUAUGUGACGUGUUUUGCGUUUGCUUCGUUAUCUUUCAAUGUCGCUCAACAACAACCAUUACGAUAUGUCGAUGGUUAUAGAUCAUCUUGCAAGUUUCAUCAAGGUGGUACCUUCAAUCUUAUUGUUUCUGCACCUCAUCGUGGUAGCCUAAUGCCCACUGAUGUUCCUGAUCGAACACAAGGAGGUUGUCGUCAUCCAGGAAAAUCAUGCACAUGGAUAUACAAUGAUGCUUGUGUCAACGAUCGACGUUGUACAACAACGACGGUUCAAGAUAAUCUUAGUGAUGAAUUUGUAGAGAAUGUCGCCGAAGAAUUGAAUAUCAGGUAUGGCCUAAAACCAUUUGUUGUCAUUGGAAAAUGGCAUCGAAAAAAGGUUGACUUCAAUCGAGAAAUUAAUCAAGCAACACUCAAUCAUCCUAAAGCUACCAGUGUCUAUCGAAGUUAUCAUUCAAAUCUUCAAUAUGCCAUCAAUCAAGUAAAACAGCUAUAUGGUAAAGGUCUUCUUGUUGAUGUUCAUGGUCAGGGAAAGGGCAAGGCUCCCUACUCAAUAGAGAUGACCUCCAAACAACUCUUGGUAGGACUACGUCAAUCGAACAAAUCUGUUCUUUGUCAAAUCGAACCGAAUGCAUUCGAUGACAAACAUCGUUCGGUACAAUUAUGGAAAAAAAAACAACUUGGCAUUGUUUAUCCAUCGAUGGUACAUCCAAAACCAGGAAAUCGUACUUUCCUUGAAGGUGGUUAUAUAACAUGUAAUUAUAUUUCGAAAAUAAAUGCUAUUCAAACGGAACUACCAUGGAGUAUUCGUGGUGGAACAUAUAAACUGUUGAACGCUAAAAGAUAUGCACGUACUCUUAUUAAUUAUAUGAGAGUAAACAAUCUUUUGAAAGCAAAAUAA